AUGUCCAUCUCCCUCCCCAACGGUACCAUUCUCGCCGCUCCCUCCUCGUCUCAGCCCUCGGUCUCUGCGGCCGUCACUCGUAUCUUGCAUCUCGCCAACUUUUCCCCAGAGAUCAAGACGCGUGACAUCCAGAACAUUUUCAAGGAGUGGGAGUCGGACAAGGGCGGCUUCCGCAUCAAGUGGCUCGACGAUGUGAAUGCUAUGGUGGUCUUUGCCGACGCUGGCGUCGCCAAGAAGGCUUAUCUGAGCCUCAUUCUCAACCCUUCCCCUUCUCUCCCACAGCCCGCCACGGUUCGCCCGUACGACCGCCCCGACGCCUCUCAGAUCAUCGCGUCGCUGCAGGCACGCGCCAUGGGCCACCGUGCGUCCAUGUCGGCCGCGAUGCAGAGCGGCAACUUUGCCGGGAUCGUGCGCGAUGACGGCGGCCGCCACUCUGUGGGAGGUGGCAUCAACGGCUUCAAGAUGCCUCUUAACCCGUCGCUCUCCUUUGGCGGCUCUACGCAGCCAGGAAACAGCGGCGGACGCAACAACGCCCACGGGCGCAUGGGCUCGUUCUCCAGCCACCAGCGCGCGGGUUCGGCUUCGUCCAACUGGAACCGCCAGUCACUCAAUGGCGCUCUCGGGUUUGGCAACGGCAACAACCCCCCUUCCCUUGGUGCGGCUCGUCUCCCAACACACUCGGAGGCGUCAUCGAACCUUGCUUCGCGUUCGACAUCGUCGGCGGACUCGAAUGACCCCAUCGUUGUCGUGGACGGCAGCUCGCAGCUCAAGAGCACGAGCGCGUCGCUCAGUGGCCAUCGCUCGGGGCACAAGGCUCGGCGUGAGAGCGUCAGUGCGGACAAGGCACUGCGCGAGGUGGAGAAGGCCCUGCAGAGUGUCGAGGCGCAAUGA